UUGGUUCUAAGGGGAAGUUGCGAGAAGAAAGAAAGGAGGAGACGUGACGGGAUUGUUGAAAUUAUUUUUCUUGGUUCCCCAACACCACCCACCACAGUGUCGCGGGUUCCGUGUGUAAAUACUACAGCAGUGGUAUAUAAAGUUCAAACCAUCGUCUGGCUCUCAGCAGAAGUCCUGAUAGUGAGGUUUGGCACACAGGGCACUGGGGGAUCUGAUUAGGUCAUGGCCAAUCGGGGAGGAGCUACGAGACCCAAUGGACCCAAUGCAGGGAACAAGAUCUGUCAGUUUAAGCUGGUGCUGUUGGGGGAGUCAGCUGUUGGGAAGUCGAGCUUAGUGCUUCGCUUCGUCAAGGGUCAGUUCCAUGAGUUCCAGGAGAGCACGAUAGGAGCUGCCUUUCUCACCCAGACAGUGUGUCUAGAUGACACAACAGUGAAGUUUGAAAUCUGGGACACUGCAGGUCAGGAGCGUUACCACAGUUUGGCACCCAUGUAUUACAGAGGAGCACAAGCCGCCAUCGUGGUCUACGACAUCACAAACGAGGAGUCCUUUGCGCGGGCAAAAAACUGGGUGAAGGAGCUGCAAAGACAAGCUAGCCCUAAUAUAGUCAUUGCUCUGUCGGGUAACAAGGCUGACCUCGCCAGCAAGAGGGCUGUCGACUUCCAGGAAGCCCAGUCCUACGCAGAUGACAACAGCCUACUUUUCAUGGAGACUUCAGCCAAGACAUCUAUGAAUGUGAAUGAGAUAUUUAUGGCCAUUGCAAAAAGAUUGCCGAAGAGCGAGCCACAGGCUGCAGGAGCCAAUACCGGGCGAACCCGAGGAGUGGACCUGACAGAAACUGCCCAGCCAGCCAAGGCUCCAUGCUGCAGUAACUAAUGUGAAGAGCACCUUCCCUCCAACCAACCAACCAACCAACCAACCAACCCACCAACCCGUAGAGCAGUAACUAAUGCGGCCGAUGCCCUGAAUGCCACCGCAGUUACUAAUGCAAUGUGUUGUUCUCUUAUCUCCAAGUCUCUGAUCUGCAAAACAAGAAAAGAUACCUUGUGCCCCUCCCCUAUUUUUGCAGUAACAAUGACCAUUACACUGAUCUCUCCUCAUGGCUCUGAAUCUUUUCCUCCAUCGUGGUUCUGCUGCUACCUGGUUAAGCCUCCUAACGAUUCUUUCCUACUCUUGCCAUCCAGCUUGUUACAUCUAUUAAUAUUUAUUGAUAGAUUAACAACAGCAGAUAUCAGAGACAUUAGUGCACCCGGCCUUCCAUCAUCUUCCUUCCAAUGUGUAGAUAUGAGUUUAAUUUAGAGGAAGUGGUCACUUCCCUUUUUGUGGGAUAGCUUAAGACUUUACUACUGCAUUUCUUACACCAGUCUUCGGUUUUUGUUUUUGAUAAUUUUUGUUACUUUUUGUUUGCUACUAUAUUUCAAAAUGAUGGAUGCACAAAUCUGUAUACUUACAUGGCCUAAAUGAGAAAAAACGUUUUGUCUGCAGUAGCACAGAAAAAAAUGUCUGUUCGAGAAGACGAGAGUAUUCUUGGGAAUCUGAGAAAGAGGAACGGCAGAGGGUGGUGAGAGAGAAAGACGGGAACCCUAAACUCCACACCUCUCUUGUCACUUGGACCCUUUUAUCUCAAAAACAUUUGUGGACUGUAGACCUUAUAGAUUCUCUCUCACUCUGAUGCCCUCUGCCUGCCCAGACUGUCCGUGUCCCUUCCCCCACUAAACUCAAAGUAGCACUAGUGUACAUUCUCUAAAGCUCCAUUGCGGGGCCAUGCCUGCUUCUAGCUGUCCUUAGUGGCAUUGUGCAAUGUUUCACAGUAUUUAUUCUGUGACUUGAGAGUCUGCAAGGACCAUUGCAGCACAGCAAAACCCCAUGUCCCUCCCAGUUGUGUCCACAACAAGGCGCAGGGGCCUCUGAGGUGCACAUCAGUGUCACCACCCCUCCAUCUCCUGAUGCAGCGUCCUUUCAGACCACCCCUGUGUGGUUAUACUUGGGUCCCUCGGUUUCUGUCUUUGGAUGCUUUUAGUCGAUGCAGAAUACCCUUUUCCAUUGUGUUAAUGUUGCUGGACCGCUGCUGGGUUUGCACCUGGUUUAAAAAAAAAAAAAAAAAAAAAGCGAAGGUGAUGGUAGUGAGUUGGGAGUUGCAAUAUGUAAGGCUGCUUCAUAAUCACCUUUGAUUCAUAAUUAUUUGUCAUCUUCUCUUGUUUAGGAAGUGCUUUAGACACAGCCGUGUGUCAGUGUGUAUAAACUGGGCCUGGGCUGGCUGGCUGAUGACAGAUUUCAUCCAUAGACUCACUCACACGUGCCCAUUUAUGUGUGUGUGUGUGUGUGUGUGUGUUUGAACACACAUUUGCACAUGAACACACACAUUACAUUGACUUCUUCCCUUUCUGAACUGUGUCAGACCUAAACAUAAUUGUACAUAAGCACACACACACAGUCUGUUACACCUCUCACUUAUGUUGAGCGCACACUUUUUUUCCCAUCACACCCCCACUGUACAUUGUUACACACAGCCGCACACACACAUACAAACAUAUGGUCAAUAACUCUUUUUACAGGUCUUACUCAUGCCUUGCACUAAUGAUGCUCAUGAAUAUAUCUUGUCAUAAUUACAGCCAGUGUGAUAUAAAUAUAUAUAUAUAAAUAUAUAAAUAAUAUACUGUAAAUAGGGUGUUGCAGUGUAGUCUACCUUUUUUCGAUUUACCAGUGACAGGACUAAUGCUUGCUAGGGAGUUGUCUAGAUAAUCAUAAAAAAAACUGUACAGUUAGCAGAAAAAACAGCUACAAUCUGGGUUUGGAGUUUUGUUGCUGUUCCUUUUUUUUCACACAAACGGUUAAAUUAUAAUCAGUGGUGGUCUUUAUAAAUGUAUGUAGUGUUAUUAACAAAAGAUGAAAAUGCAUUUAUUUAGUCGUCUGUCUUGUACCUUUUUCUCAAAAGAAAAAAAUAAUAUCCGAACAUGUUGGUUUCUAUUUUUAACAUCUCUUUCUUGCAUUUCACUAAUUCUUUUUUAGUUGUAACAGGCUACUUGUCCAAUUCUCCCUGUAAGCAGACCCGAAACUUCCAGAAACACUGGUUGUAAAAGCUCCAGAGGAGUCGGACACAAUACAAAACAGUUUGAUUAACCAACUGUCUGCCCCUGCAUAACAUCUCAGUAACCUUGUGACGAUAUUGUAGGACAAUGUAACAACUAUCAGCUGGCACGAUGGUGAUUCAUGAAUAAAUGAAUUAACACAUAAUAAGGAUGUAAAUUGUAUGUUUUUUGCCGUGAACACUUAAUUGCAGCUGAAAACAUUUAAAUGCAAGCAUUUUACAGAACUGUUAUGUAAUGACCAAAUAAAUACUGAAAUAAA